AUUUCUUUGUUGUGAUAAUAGACAGAAGUGGUAGUAGUAGUAGCAUCACCAUUCACCCAAUCCCCAAUACUAAAGAUUCUUCACCCUCAGAAAAAGCAAAACCUAGAGAUCCGACAUUAAAGGAAGGUUUCAAGAUCGAUCUGAGAAACCCCCAAUAACCAUCAUGAAGAGAGAUCAAAAUCAUUUUUUUCAGGGAGAUAAGACGAUGAAGGAAGAAGACGGCAUGGAUGAGCUUUUGGCCGUGCUUGGUUACAAGGUGCAGUCGUCGGAAAUGGCUGAGGUUGCUCAGAAGCUUGAGCAGCUUGAGGUGAUGAUGUCUAAUGUUCGGGAAGACGAUCUUUCUCAGCUCGCCACGAGGACCGUACACUACAACCCAUCGCAGCUUUACACGUGGCUCGACUCCAUGCUCUCCGAUCUCAACCCUCCGUCCUCUGCCGAUGAUUACGACCUCAAAGCUAUUCCCGGUGACGCUAUUCUCAAUCAAUUCGCGACCGAUUCUUCUUCUUCUUCGUCGAACCAAGGUACCAACAACAAGCGGUUAAAAUGCUCGAGCUCUGAUUCCAUGGUUGUUUCCACAUCUCCGGCGGCGGUGGCCACCACGACGACUGAGCCAACUCGGGCUUUUGUCCUGGUCGACUCACAGGAGAACGGUGUGCGUCUCGUCCACGCGCUUUUGGCCUGCGCCGAAGCCGUACAAAAGGACGAUCUAAAUCUAGCGGAAGCUCUGGUGAAGCAAAUCGGGUUUUUAGCUGUGUCUCAGGUCGGCGCAAUGAGAAAAGUAGCUACUUACUUCGCCGAAGCUCUCGCGCGCCGAAUCUACCAUCUCCGUCCGUCUCGGAGUCCGAUCGACCAUUCUCUCUCCGACACUCUCCAGAUGCACUUCUAUGAGACCUGUCCUUACCUCAAAUUCGCACACUUUACGGCGAAUCAAGCCAUUCUCGAAGCUUUCCAAGGCAAGAAAAGGGUUCAUGUGAUCGAUUUCUCCAUGAAUCAGGGUCUACAAUGGCCGGCGCUUAUGCAAGCCCUCGCGCUUAGACCUGGAGGUCCUCCGAUUUUUCGGCUAACCGGAAUCGGUCCACCGGCACCGGAUAAUUUCGAUUACCUUCAUGAGGUUGGGUGUAAGCUGGCUCAUCUAGCGGAGGCGAUUCACGUGGAGUUCGAGUACAGAGGAUUCGUCGCCAACACUUUAGCAGAUCUCGACGCGUCGAUGCUGGAGCUUAGACCAAGUGAGAUCGAAUCUGUUGCGGUUAACUCUGUUUUUGAGCUUCACAAGCUUUUGGGACGACCAGGUGCGAUCGAGAAAGUCCUUGGAGUCGUGAAUCAGAUUAAACCGGAGAUUUUCACUGUGGUGGAACAAGAAUCAAACCAUAAUAGUCCGGUUUUCUUAGACCGGUUUACCGAGUCUCUGCAUUAUUACUCUUCAUUGUUUGACUCGUUGGAAGGAGUCCCGAGUAGCCAAGACAAGGUCAUGUCGGAGGUUUACUUGGGUAAACAGAUCUGCAACGUUGUCGCUUGUGAUGGGCCUGACCGAGUUGAGCGUCACGAAACGCUGAGUCAAUGGAGAAACCGGUUUGGUUCUGCGGGGUUUUCGGCUGCACAUAUUGGUUCGAAUGCGUUCAAGCAAGCGAGCAUGCUUUUGGCUUUGUUCAACAGUGGUGAAGGUUAUCGUGUGGAGGAGAGCGACGGCUGUCUGAUGCUGGGUUGGCACACUAGGCCGCUUAUAGCCACUUCGGCUUGGAAGCUCUCCACCAAUCAGAUGGUGUCCCACUGAGUCGAUUCGAUGGAUCAGUAGACCGGUUUAAUUUUACAGAAGUUUCGAUCGAACCGAGCUGAAUACAACUGUUUUUCCCCUUUGUCACCUGUUUCUAAGUUUUGCUAGGUCAGUUAUAAUCUCGCUUCCGAGAUGGACCGUUUUUUUUUUUCAUGUGACAUUGCAGGGUAAAAUACCAAAAUGGAUAGGCAGAUAUAGAAUUUUGUAGUUACCAAGUUUUCAUGUACGUAGUUGGUGGAAAUAAAAUUAUUAUUGAAAACAAGGCUAUACUAUAAGUUCAUUGUAAUAAGUUUUGAUUGA